GGGUCUUACCACUGUGGCCAGUGCAAACCAGGAUAUACAGGAGACCAAGCCAGGGGAUGCCAGGCUGAGAGGAGCUGCAGAAAUCGAGCCCUCAAUCCAUGCAGUGUCCAUGCCCGUUGUAUUGAGGAGAGGAGAGGAGAGGUGACAUGUAUUUGUGGCAUUGGCUGGGCUGGUGAUGGUUAUGUUUGUGGAAAAGAUGUGGACAUUGAUGGGUAUCCUAACGAAGAACUCUCAUGCUCUGCUGAAAACUGCAGAAAGGACAACUGCAGAUUUGUCCCAAACUCUGGACAAGAAGAUGCCGAUAGUGAUGGGAUUGGAGAUGCCUGUGAUGACGAUGCGGAUGGAGAUGGCAUUCCCAAUGAGCAGGAUAACUGUGUCUUGGCUCCCAAUGUUAACCAGAGAAAUGGCGACCAAGAUAUCUUUGGAGAUGCUUGUGACAACUGCCGCAAUGUCCUGAAUAAUGACCAGAGGGACACAGAUGGUGAUGGGAAAGGAGAUGCUUGUGAUGAUGACAUGGAUGGAGAUGGUAUUAAGAACCUUUUGGAUAAUUGUCAGAGGAUCCCCAACCAAGAUCAGGAGGACAAGGAUAAUGAUGGCGUUGGUGACGCCUGUGACAGCUGCCCUGCAAUCAGCAACCCAAACCAGUCGGAUGUUGACAAUGACCUGGUUGGAGAUUCCUGCGAUACCAAUCAGGACAGUGAUGGCGAUGGGCACCAGGACAGCACAGACAAUUGCCCCACCAUCAUUAACAGCUCCCAGCUGGACACGGAUAAGGAUGGGUUGGGUGACGAGUGUGACGACGAUGAUGAUGACGACGGUAUUCCUGACCUCUUGCCCCCAGGCCCUGACAACUGCAGGCUGGUCCCCAACCCAGGGCAGGAAGAUGAGAAUGGUGAUGGAGUCGGGGAUAUCUGCGAGUCUGAUUUUGACCAGGAUACAGUGAUUGAUCAGAUCGAUGUGUGCCCUGAGAACGCAGAGAUCACCUUGACAGACUUCAGGGCCUAUCAGACAGUGGUGCUGGACCCAGAGGGGGAUGCCCAGAUUGAUCCCAACUGGGUGGUUCUGAAUCAGGGCAUGGAAAUUGUGCAGACUAUGAACAGCGAUCCUGGCCUUGCUGUUGGUUACACAGCUUUUAACGGUGUGGACUUUGAGGGCACUUUUCAUGUGAACACGGUGACAGAUGACGACUACGCUGGCUUUAUUUUUGGUUAUCAAGACAGCUCUAGCUUUUAUGUGGUAAUGUGGAAACAGACUGAACAGACGUACUGGCAAGCGACUCCCUUCAGAGCUGUUGCAGAGCCUGGCAUUCAGCUAAAGGCUGUGAAAUCCAAGACAGGCCCUGGCGAGCACCUCCGCAACUCCCUCUGGCACACGGGGGACACCAGUGAUCAGGUCAGGCUGCUGUGGAAGGACCCCCGAAAUGUAGGGUGGAAAGACAAAGUCUCCUACCGCUGGUUCUUGCAGCACAGACCCCAGAUCGGUUAUAUCAGGGCAAGAUUUUAUGAAGGCUCUGACCUAGUAGCAGACUCUGGUGUAACUAUAGACACCACGAUGCGUGGAGGACGGCUUGGAGUUUUCUGCUUCUCUCAGGAAAACAUUAUUUGGUCCAACCUGAAAUAUCGCUGCAAUGACACCAUUCCAGACGACUUCCAAGAAUUUCAAGCUCAGCAAUUUGGCGUUGGUGAUAUUUAAGAAGGAAAAGCAAACUAACAUUGCUAUUGCAAACAAUAAAACAAUAUAUUUUAAAUCCUUAUAUGAUUGUUGUUGUAAGAGUGCACAUCGCAGCUUGUUCUCAUUGAUGUAACUAUGUCAGACCUUUUUUUGUAUGAAAGUGAAAUAAAAAGGAGACAAAA